AUGAGCACGAUUGCUGUGGCCGGUGGAACUGGCGGCAUAGGGAAGACCAUAGUCGAGGCGUUGCUGCAGGAGCCCAAGUAUCGGGUCAUUGUCUUGACUCAAAGUAGCCCCAAGGAGGAUCCCGUUCUCGGGCGGACGCAGCAAAUUCAGAUCAAUUAUGAUGAUGUUGACUCUAUUGUCCAAACGCUGGAGAAGCAUGCGAUACACACAAUCAUCUCCGCCAUCGGAAUCUACACGGAGGAAGCCAACCAAUCCCAGAUGAACCUAGUCCAGGCUGCCGAGAGGUCUAGUGCUACGAAAAGAUUUGUGCCCAGCGAAUAUUCAUUUAUUCAAACCGAGGAUCUCCUACCCCACGAUCCCAGCAUUAAGUACUGGCUUGAUGUAGCUGAAAUGCUGAAGAAAACCAAGUUGCAGUAUACUCGGGUCUGCCCCGGCGUCCUCAUGGACUACUGGGGGAUGCCUCGAGUGCGAACCAACAUCCAUCAACACGUUAUCGGGAUCGAUGUAGCCAAUUGCUGGGCCGGUAUUCCCGGCGAUGGCAAUGACAAAAUGAGCGUGACGUACUCGUACGACCUGGCAGCAUAUAUCGUGAAGCUGCUUGAUCUUGACGAGUGGCCUGAAUUCAGCGUCUUUGCAGGAGAUGAUGUUACCUACAACGAGCUUCUUAAGCUUGCUGAGGAGGCCAGAGGCAAAAAAUUCGACGUUAUCUACGACAGUGCCGAGAAGAUUAAAGAAGGCCAGGUCACAGUGCCACCGUUUCUCACCGGAUAUUCUGAGGCGGAGGCUCUAGAGAUGACCGUGCUGGUGAGCCGACUCACCAUUGCCGGCGCUUUCGAUCUACCAAAGGAGCGUAUGAAUUCUAUGUUUCCCGAUAUUCAGCCCAUCAAGAUGAGGGAGUUUCUCAUUAAUACAUGGAAGGAUGAGGUAUAA